AAUUGAGCGAGCAUCAGAAUGUGCCAAUCUUAGAGGAUCACCAUAAUGGGGAAUCUAGAGAGAUUCUUUCUCAAUUACUUAUGCAGGUGGACGACAAACUCGACCAGGAUGUUGUCGAGCAGAUUAUACGAAGACAGCUGAAUGUUUACGACGUACUUACCGCCGGUUUGAGUCUCUUGCCACCAGAGACUCCGGUUGGAGAAUCAAGAGAUCAGAGUAGAUCGCCUUGGGGCGACGAGACAGGCAAUUGCUCUCUUCAGCAGUCCCACUUGAGGAGACGAAACGUCCCCUCGUGUCCAACAGAGACACACUUAUUCUUUCCCCCGGCACAGCUAGCUGGUAUGCAGAAUAGACUCAGCCUCAUCUGCAUGUCCUUUUGUGAAGCGUCCAAAAUAAAUGCGACCAUGUUGAAUAUGGCUAGGGCAUCUAUGGGCCCGGGAUGGAACGCAAUCGAGCCAUUCUCGGCAUCUACACCAGGAAAUCAAUCAACCGGUGGAAUACUGUCACCAUUCUUCGAACCAGGGAUAAGCGAAGAAGCCGCGGUGAAGAUGUGCAGCGUGAGCUUUGCAAACAUGAAACCGUUUCUACGCCCUGUACCCGCGCAGCUUAUGAAAAGUCAUUAUUCCUAUAUCGACACGAUUCCAUUCCCGAGCUUCCGAGAACGAGCUAUCAGUAUGAUCUGUACGAAUCCUCCGAUGAUCGACGAGAAGGAGCUUUUCCAUGAUCUCCUGCAUGAUGGACUCGUAUGCUGGGCGCUAGAUCCCACAAAACCAAGCUCUUUUGAAACAGGCAGUGCCCCAUGGGAUCUUCGCAGCUGGGAGGCUCGACCGUGGUUUUUGAACAAAUGGUGGAUACUAGUUGGUGGGACCCAAAGCGAAAUCUAUAGACAAACUGUGUGGUGGCGUGAAAUGCGUGGUGAAACAACCGUGGAUCUGUUGCCCGGUGUUGACACGGACUUAUUGCAUUAACGCAUCGGAGUUCUGGUUAUACAUGUACUAUAUGGGAG